AUGCAGUCCGAGCACGAUCAAUCCACGAGGCAUGUCCAAGAGGAGGGUAAAAUCGAGCCAAGGUCCAAUGAUGCCUUUUCGGAUCACGAUGAGCAGACAUCAUCGUCACAGCUCACCACUCCUGAUACCUUGACUUCGGACACGAAAUCCCCAGGCCCCGACGAAGGCGAAUGGGGGGUACAUAACCACAUGGCUCAUGUUACAGUCAAACAACCAGGACCUGUGAAGCAUCAGAGCGCAGUAUCAGCAUACUGGCGCCUAGUGUCCGGGAGGCUUGUCGCCGACUGGGGCGGCUCGCUUUUCAGUACAGCUGCUGCGAGUGAAAAGCCAUGGAACCUGAAAGACGACCUACCUCUGUUGGGCUCUCAGACCGGAGUUCCAAAGUUCUUGUUCCGAGGAUUCCACGCCAAAUCUGGUGGAGGUGAAGAUGCCAGGCUGAACUCAUGGAACGGCAUCAUACCGCACGCGUUCCUGCGUGCGAACUCGCUGUACCGGGACAAGAAGGGGAAACUGAUAAACAUGUGGGAGAUUCAAGCAGAUUGGCUCUACGACAUAAUUACCCUCCACAUUGAGAACUAUCGCCGCAUUGAAUCGCCCUUCAGUUCAUGGACCCAUACCCUGGAAACGGCCCUGAAGUUUGCCCUCGAGAACGAUUCCUCUACAAUCGCGGUGGUUGACACCUCACAUGCAUCCCUGGUAGACCGCGUCUGGUACACCGAGGACUUAAACCGGGCGGAUCUGACUGCUACGUCGUUUCCCGACGAAUUCCUUGUCUAUGGGCCCGUCAGUGGGCCAAACUAUCAUUGCAUCUCGGUCCGGGACUUGGUGAACACGACGAGGAUCCGGGAUAUCAUCGACUCACCACCCACUGCGUUCGGAAACGACCGCGUUUCGUGUAUUGAGCGGGGAGCGGUCGAGGCAUCCAGGCAGAUCGCUACCGCCCUACAGCCCCCGGACGCCAGCUUGGAGAAUAUCGUGAUUCUUACGGCGAGGUUCGUCGGAGUCCGCGCGGCCAAGUUUAUGGACAGGCUCGACUACCUAGGCGAUCCUGAGCUGAAAGCGUUUCUCUACUACGUAAGAGACGAUCUGCAGCGUCUAGCCCUGCGCUUAGACGCCAGAUAUAUCUCUCUUUCUGAUAAAACCAUGGACACGUGCUUCUCGGCCGCCUUGGAGUUUGAGGUACAAAUGCUGCAGGCUGCCGAGAAUGUCGUGCGCGUUCUGGCCUGGGAUCGAGAACGGCCAUUGCCAAGUUCCCUCACUGCCACCGCCCAGGACCAACUAGAAGAUACCGUCAAUACCGACUACGUCGAGGAGCACGUGCGAAAGGGUCGACACGUGAGCUGCGGGACUCUUACCGGCGAACUUGACGGAGAAGGAGGGAGGGAGUGA